AUGUCUCCUGGAAUAUCUUUUACUUUUUUUCUUUUUCUUUCUUUCAACUUUCAAAUAUCGGAACUUUUCUUAGGAUUCUGUUUCUUCUUUUCUUUCUUUCCUGAAAAAUCUUUCUUUCUUUUUUCUUUUCCUUCCUUCUUUCUUUAUUUGUUUUUUCCUUUUUAUUUUCCUUCUUUGCCUUUCUUUCUUUCUUUCUUUCUUUCUUUCUUUCUUUCUUUCCCUCCUUCGUCUUCUUUUUUAUUUUUUUUUUUCCUUUUACGAGAUCAAAUGCCCGUUUUCUUUCUUUCUUUCUUUCUUUCUUUCAGCUUUCUUUCGAGAUUUCAUUUCUUUUCAAAACAAGGUCUUAAAAAAAUGCUGUUUAUUCUUAUUUUUUCUUUCUUUUCUUUUUUUUUCUUUCUUUCUUUCUUUUCUUUCCUUUUCACUUUUCUUUCUUUUUCUUUCUUUCUUUUCUUUUUCUUUCUUUCUUUCUCUCCCUUUUCUUUAUUUGUUUUUUUCCUUUUGCUUUUCAUUUUUUUAUAUGACUUUCUUUCUUUUUUUCUUUCUUUCUUUCUUUCUUUUCUUUUUUUCUUUCUUUUUUUCCUUUUGCGACCUUUCUUCCUUCUUAGCAUAUUAUUUUUUCUUUUUUUUUCUUUCUUUCUUCUUUCUUUCCCUUCGUCUUUUUAUUUGUUUUUUCUUUUCGUUUCCCUUCUUAGCAUUUUAUAUUUCUUUCUUUUUUCUUUCUUUUUCUUUUUUCUUUCUUUUUUCUUUUUUCUUUUCCCUUCUUUUCUUUAUUUUUUUUUCCUUUUGCGACCUUUCUUUCCCUUUCUUUCUUUCUUUCUUUCAUUUAUUUUCUUUCUUCCCUCCUUCGUCUUCUUUUAUUUGUUUUUUUCUUUUUUGACCUUUUCUUUCCUUCUUUUUUUAUUUCCUUUUUUCUUUCUUUCUUUCUUUCUUUCUUUUUUUUCUUCUUUAUUUCAUCUUCUUUCUUUUUCUUUUUUUUCUUUUCCUUUCUUUCUUUUCCUUUCGUCUUCUUUAUUUCCUUUUGCGACCUUUCGUCUUCCUUCUUUUUAUAUGCUUCCCUUUCUUUCUUUCUUUCUUUCUUUCUUUCUUUCUUUCUUUCUUUCUUUCUUUUCCCUCCUCUUUCUUUUUUUUUUUUUGCGACCUUUCGUCUUCCUUCUUUAUUUGUUUUUUUUCUUUCCUUUCUUUCUUUUCUUUCGUCUUCCCUUCUUAGCAUUUUUUUUUAAAUGCUUCCCUUUCUUUCUUUCUUUUUCUUUCUUUCUUUUUUUCUUUCUUUCUUUCUUUCUUUCUUUUCCCUCCCUUCGUCUUCUUUAUUUGUUUUUUUUUUCCUUUUGCGACCUUUCGUCUUCCCUUCUUAGCAUUUUAUAUUUCUUUUCUUUCUUUCUUUCUUUCUUUUUUCUUUCUUUCUUUCUUUCUUUUUUGUCUUUCUUUUCCCCUUUCAUUUCUUUCUUUCUUUCCCUUUCCUUUCUUCCCUCCUUCGUCUUCUUUGUUUUUUUUCCUUUUGCGACCUUUCGUCUUCCCUUCUUAGCAUUUUUUUAUUUCUUCCUUUCUUUCUUUCUUUCUUUCUUUCUUUCUUUCUUUCUUUCUUUCUUUUUUUUUCCUCCUUCGUCUUCUUUAUUUCUUUUUAUUUCUUUUUUUCUUUCUUUCUUUCUUUCUUUCUUUCUUUCUUUCCCUCCUUCCUUCUUUUGUUUUUUUUUCUUUUGCUUCUUUGUUUUUUCCUUUUGCGACCUUUCGUCUUCCCUUCUUUCAUUUUAUUUAUUUCUUCCUUUUCUUUCUUUCUUUCUUUCUUUUGCUUUCUUUCUUUCUUUCUUUCUUUUCUUUCCUUUUUCCCUUCCUUUCUUCUUUCUUUUCAUUUCCUUCCUUUCUUUCUUUCUUUCUUUUUUCUUUCCUUUCGUCUUCCUUUCGUCUUCCUUCUUAGCAUUUUAUAUGCUUCCCUUUCUUUCUUUCUUUCUUUCUUUCUUUCUUUCUUUCUUUCUUUCUUUCUUCUUUAUUUGUUUUUUUUCUUUUGCGACCUUUCUUAGCAUGCCCUUUUUCCAUUUUCUUUCUUUCUUUCUUUCUUUCUUUCUUUUUUUCCCUUUCGAACUUAGCAUUUUAUAUCUUUUCUUUUUUCUUUCUUUCUUUCUUUCUUUUUUCUUUCUUUUCUUUUUUCCUCCUUUCUUCUUUGUUUUUUUCCUUUGCGACCUUUCUUUUCCCUUCUUAGCAUUUUAUAUGCUUCCCUUUCUUUCUUUCUUUUUUUCUUUUUUUUCUUUCUUUCUUUCUUUUUUCCCUCUUCGUCUUUUUGUUUUUCCUUUUUGCGACCUUUCGUCUUCCCUUCUUAGCUUCUAUCCAUUUCUUUCUUUCUUUCUUUUUCUUUCUUUCUUUCUUUUCUUUCCUUCUUUUCCCUUUCUUCUUCUUUAUUUCCUUUUACCUUUCGUCUUCCUUCUUAGCAUUUAUUCUUCCCUUUCUUCUUUCUUUCUUUCUUUCUUUCUUUCUUUCUUUUCUUUUUUUCCCUCCUUCGUUUCUUUAU